AUGGCGGCUGACUCAUCACAUGGUGAACCCCUCAGCGAUAUCGCAGUUGCCGUCCUGAAUGUCACAAGUAUUCUUCCCAAAGACCAUUAUCAACACUUAGGUGGUGUCCUUGGUGCCACUGGCUCCGUAGGCCAAAGGUUCAUCCUCUUGCUCGCAGACCACCCAUUCUUGGAACUCUACGCUCUCGGAGCAUCGAGCCGCUCCGCCGGUAAAAAGUACAAGGAUGCUGUGAAAUGGAAACAAACUACGGCGAUGUCCGAGAAGCUCAGCAACCUUGUGAUACGGGAGUGCAAGGCGGACCAGUUCAAUGACUGUGACCUUGUCUUCUCGGGGUUGACCAGCGAUGUUGCGAGUGAAGUUGAGAUGGAAUUUAUUAAAGCCGAUAUCGCCGUCUUUUCCAACGCAAAGAACUACCGCAAGGACCCGGUCGUACCCCUCGUCGUCCCUACCGUUAACCCUCAACACCUGGAUUUGAUUCCCCACCAAAGGAAGCACUUCGGUUUGAAAAAGGGAUUCUUGGUUUGCAACUCCAACUGCGCGGUCAUUGGCAUUGUUAUCCCAUUUGCAGCGCUGCAGGCUAAAUUCGGUCCUGUCGAAGAAGUGGAGGUCUUCACUGAGCAGGCUGUAUCUGGGGCUGGAUACCCUGGGGUGGCCAGCAUGGACAUCAUGGACAAUGUCAUUCCAUUCAUUAGCGGUGAAGAAGACAAGCUAGAAAACGAGGCCCAGAAGAUUCUAGGGUCUUUGAACGGGGAUGCUACUGCCUUCGAAGAGCAGGCUGGUCUCAGAAUUGGAGCUACAUGUACCCGGGUCGGGGUUACUGAUGGCCAUAUGGCAUUUGUAUCACUGCGAUUCAAGAAUCGUCCGGGCCCCAGCGCUGAGCAAGUUGUCCAGGCGUUGAGAGAGUAUCAAUCGGAGGCGCAGAAAUUAGGUUGCCCUUCGGCGCCCAAGGAGGCAAUCAGAGUGUUCAACGAGCUGGAUAGACCACAGCCUCGACUUGACAGAGAUAUCUGCGGUGGAUAUACCGUCAGCGUGGGGCGAGUACGUAAGGGCGCGCAGGGUGGCUAUUUCGACCUCAGGUUUGCUGCGCUCUCGCACAACACCGUCAUCGGCGCUGCAGGAUCGUCCAUCAUCAAUGCCGAGGUUGCCGUCAUGAAGGGCUACAUUUAA